AUGUCUAGCGAUUUCGCUAUCUAUAUUCGAGACAAACUUUUUGACAGCAAAACAUCUGUCGACCAUAAAAUCUUACAUAGUGUAAACAAGAAAGGUGAAUUUGUUCUAAAGUUCUGUUUCUGGGAAUAUGACAAGAACCAUAAAACAUUAAGCAGAGCAGUCUUAAAAUUUGUCAAUGACAGACUUGUUGACAGAGAUGACGCCGAUUGGAAAGAUGAAGUCCAACAAAACUUCUUAGAAUGCAAAGAAGACACAUGCGCUGUUCUUGAAGAUGAAAUAG